CUUAAUCAAUCUGUAUUCCUUGUUUACUUAAAAAUACUUUAAAUUUUUUUUAGAAUGGAAAACAUUCUUAGAAUCAGACGUAGGCUUUUUCGGAAUACUGUAUUUCUUCAUUAUUCACUUGUUGGAGGAGUGUGCUCUUCCAUAGGCAGUAUGUUUGGCAAACUUUCAAGUUCAAUCGAGGGGAUUUUCCUGAUGACUGUUCUGUUUCUUGUCUUGAUGGUUACAUUUAAUACAAUGGGUAUGCUAUUCUUUGCGAAAGGACUUCAUGUUGCUCCCUCUUCUAUUCAUGCAACAUUGAUUAGUUGUGCUUCAAAUUAUGUUUCUACUGCAAUCAUCGGUUCACUUUUGUUUGGAGAAAAGCCCUCAUUUAUUUGGUGGUUUGGUACAUCAUUUGUUAUUGCUGGGAUAGUCAUCACAAGUUAUUCUCAACAAGAAUCUCGUAAAGGAGUGGAUUAAAGGAUAUUUUAAGCUGAUAAAUUUAAAGUUUAAAAUUUUUCUUGAAAUGUACAAGAAUUGUUAUGAUAUUAAGCAAGAAUUAUGGUUACAUCAUAAUAACUUACAUUCCUUGCUAAAUGUUUUUAUAACCGUUGAUGCCCUAUGUGCAGCAGUGGUUAAAAAAUAUGAUUUAAUAUAAAUGUUAUUUAACAUAAAGUUGUUAUUUAUGUUAUAUAUCAAAUUAAUACCUUUGAACAACUCAUCAAUGGGUAUGAGAGACUGAUCUAAAAAGUCUACCUGAUCUGAAGGAAAACAAUGUGGGGCGCCUGCGUCAAGAAACUAAUGUCUUAGAUCAUAUAGGCAUUAAAAAUCUUAUUAUGUGACAAAUAUUAUUAGAUGGUCUUUUAAGUACUAAUCUUAACCUAUUUGAAUAUUUCUACAUGUUGGAAUAUCUUAAAACUAAAAUCAUGUUCUACACUAUUUCCUAUUAAGGUGUUAAUGUACAGAAAUGUUUUUAUGAACUAUUGUCGUAUUUGUUUAAACAAGACUUCUUUUAUGACAAAUUAUUGAUACUGCAAUGAUCUAUAGCAACAAUAACAGUGUUUAUUCCUAAGAUAUCACAUCGAAAGAUAAAAUUAGAAUAUGGAAAAGACUAAUUAGAAUAGUUGAAAAAGUGACUGCCAG